AUGUCAGCCCCUAUCGUCUACGAAGGGGCCAUAGCCCGUAAAAACCCUUCUCAGAAUGGCCUGUUUAGCGGCAUGCGUUUUUGGGUAGGACAUCGUGUGCCACAGCGACUCCAUUUUGUUCAAAUGAUUCAGAACAACGGGGGCCAGGUAGUUCCUCUCGAGAAGAAUGCCGAUUAUUUGAUCGCCGACCACGCCAAGAAAAAUGCUUGUCCACCUGGAUCAUAUUCUUUUAAGUGGAUCGACGAGUCUUGUAGAGCUGGAGUUCUGAAGGAACCCGAAAAUUACUUAUGUAUGCCUUCUAAACAGAGUGAGCCUACUAAACAGGGUGGGCCUCGACCUUCUGGCUCGGCCGCUCCUCUGAAGACUACAAGGACCAAGUUUACCGCCGAGGAUGACCUGAUCCUUAGGAGAUGGGUUGCUAGUAACGAGAGAAAAGGCGAGUUAGUAUUAGGGAAUGCAAUUUACAAACAGCUCGCAGAUAAGUACCCACAUCAUACUUAUCAGUCGUGGCGAGAUCGAUGGGUCAAAAUUUUGCAAUAUCUCCCUCAGCCGAAAGAGUCUGAUAGAACACCGUCUACUCCGACAACUAGGCGAACGGCUGAUGCUUUGGCCCAUGCCUCUCCCAAGACUCCUGGAUCUCUUGGGAGACGCGUGCCUACUCGGAAUGCUGCCGCUACUCGGGGGCGGGUGCAAUUCACAGAAGAGGACGAUAAGUUACUCAUUCAUCGCGUCAUGGAAUGCGCACGUCAGGGCAAGGCAAUUGCAGGGACGAAGAUUUUCCGCGAUCUCGCUAACGAUUUCCCGCAUCAUACAGAGCAAUCAUGGAGGGCUCGUUGGAUUAAGGUACUUGAACCGAGACUUAUCACGCGGCCUGCUGAAGAGGAACCCGAAGAGGAACUUGAAGAAGAACCAGAAGAAGAGCCCGAAGAGACACCAAAAGCACUAGAUACGCGAAUAGAAGCCUCACGGCCUCACAACACAACAACGUCGCUAAGGAGCCCUCGAAUACGAAGUUCGACGCAUUCAUUACAUACCGUAGGUGAAGUGCCGACAGUAGUUACUGGUCCAUCGGAGGAUAACGUAGUUAAUAAAGGUAAAGGACACCAGAACCUUGACGCCGAAGUUCGGACAAUACCCCAAGCACCUAUACAGGAACCAGAAGAACUAUCAGCCGACCUUGAUCAAUCAUUUUCUAGUGAUAUGUCUAUGAAGGAGCAAUUCCUUUCCGAUUACCGGGCAUAUGUGGAAAGUGAAAAUCUCGAAUUUGUACACUGGCUCACGAUAAAAGGGCGUACAUUCGAACUUUGGGAUUUAUGGGAAGCUGUCACCUCUCAGAAGGUGGAUCCAAGUGAACGCGACUGGCAACAAAUUGCGGAAACGCUUGGGUUAAACUGGGUUCAGUAUGAAACUGUUCACGAUGAGGUCAGAGACUGUUACGAGAAAUAUCUUGCCGCUUAUGAGGAAUACAUUGCCGCUUUUGAAGAAUUUUCGGAGAGUUCCAAUGCCGAUACGAACGACGAUGACAAUGAAGAACCUUUACCAUCAUCACCACCAAUUAUGCCCUCUUUAAAGCGAUCAUUUGACACACAUAAAUCGCCAUCCGAUCAUACAUACCCACAGCCAUCACCUAAGCGGCGAAGAAUCAAUCGGGACACGGAGAUUCCAUCUACUCCCGAUCAUGCGAAUCUAGCUUCUGAUCUUCGCUCCCAAGCUGAUAACGGCACAAGUCUUAGCGCUAGGCGGUCGACCCAGCGUGCUAUGAGCAAGAUAACUGAAAGAAACGAAUCUCGAGAUGUAAACCCUGAGCUUCCAGUCUUCGAAACCCAGGUAAAUUUUGAGAUGGAGUCACAAUGCAAUAUCACUCCGUCGCAGCAGCUUUACCAAGAGUCCGAUGCGAUAUCUUUAGACCUUGCAGAUGCGUCACCUACGCCCAAGGUUGGAACUCGGAUUGCCAAUCAAGGAACCCCUACACCGAAAAGAUUAGUCCGAAAUCCUUUCCGAGAAGAUUCCGAUGACGAGGCGGCAGAAAUAACAACUACUGGUCAUAGCAACGAUAAUUCUGUAAAGGUUACUAGUGCAGAGAAACCUAAGCGCCGUUCUCUGCCGAAAUCUUAUGCUCGAAAAUCACCGCCUGGUGGCGGUGCUUCCGCUUCAGUAGUAGCCUCCAGAGAAGAUAUGCAACACUCACGCCUAGAGCGGUCUCAGCCGCCACGUCGCUUAAGUCCGCCUAAAGAAACGCCAGAAGAUAUCAUCGAUCGUUUUUGCUCUUUAGGCUAUCCGAGAGGGAUAGUGCUCAAAUCGCUACGGGCUACGACAUGGCGCCUCGGUGAUGCUGGCCAGGUUAUGGAAAUACUAAAGCGAGGUGAAGAGCUGCCACAGAGGACCCAUGGGGUCUGGACACAGCGCGAUGAUGAUGCAUUAGAGUUGGUGAUAUCGAACCAGCCUCCAAAGGAUGAUAAGGAGAAGAGGAAGCGCGUAAAGGCUCGAGAGCGGCUUGAGAAGAAGCACGGUCCAGAAUUGAUAGAGCUUCGGCGCAAGUAUUUGUGGGAAGUUGUGUAA